AUGAGUCUUGAUCAAACCACUUACCUAGAUAUAACAUCUUCUAUUUCAGGCCAAGAAAUAGUUAUGAGCCAAGAGAAGACCUUAGAAAUGCAAGGGAGUCAAGAACAAGAUCAAGACAUGAAAGAGCUUCAAAAGACUGAUCAAGAUGCUCAAGAGGGACUCCAAGAUGACUUUUACACCAAGAAACCAGUAGAGCAGCGAGUGGGACAUGAAAUGGACCAAGGAGCACCAAUACGUCUCAUACAACGUCAAGGUAAGUUUUAUUCAAUUUAUUCGAUCCUUGCAGGUUCAAAGAGCCCUCCCAACGGUUAA